CCAAAAACGGAAGUGGGUGUGCCAGGACGGACGUCGAGCAGGACUGCUUUGGCUAGAUCCUGGGGAGUGGGAGCCACAGGGUUCUGAGCGAUGAUCCCUCCGCAGGAGACGUCCGCCCGGCGACGGGAGAUCGAGGACAAGCUAAAGCAGGAAGAGGAGACGUUGUCCUUCAUCAGAGACAGCCUGGAGAAGAGCGACCAGCUCACCAAGAACAUGGUAUCCAUCCUGUCGUCUUUUGAGAGCCGCCUCAUGAAGCUGGAGAACUCCAUCAUCCCUGUGCACAAGCAGACGGAGAACCUCCAGCGGCUGCAGGAGAAUGUCGAGAAGACCUUGUCCUGCCUGGACCAUGUCAUCAGUUACUACCAUGUGGCCAGUGACACUGAGAGGAUCAUCAGGGAGGGUCCCACGGGGAGGCUGGAGGAGUACCUGGGAAGCAUGGCCAAGAUUCAGAAGGCUGUGGAGUAUUUCCAGGACAACAGCCCAGACAGCCCAGAGCUCAACAAAGUGAAGCUGCUGUUUGAACGGGGGAAAGAGUCACUGGAGUCAGAGUUCCGCAGUCUGAUGACUCGGCACAGCAAGGUGGUCUCCCCGGUACUCAUCCUGGAUCUGAUCAGUGGCGAGGAUGAGCUGGAGUUCCAAGAGGAAGCGCCCUUGGAGCACCUGCCUGAGAGCGUGUUGCAGGAUGUGAUCCGCAUCUCCCGCUGGCUGGUGGAAUACGGCCGCAACCAAGAUUUCAUGAACGUCUACUACCAGAUUCGCUCCAGCCAGCUGGACCGCUCCAUCAAGGGCCUGAAGGAGCACUUCCGGAAGAGCAGUUCAUCCUCUGGGGUUCCCUACUCCCCCGCUGUCCCCAACAAGAGGAAGGACACACCCACCAAGAAGCCAGUCAAGCGGCCAGGGACGAUCCGUAAAGCUCAGAAUCUUCUGAAACAGUAUUCCCAGCAUGGUCUAGAUGGGAAAAAGGGGGGCUCUAACCUCAUUCCUCUGGAAGGUCACGAGCAUGAUUUCCGCGUUAAGCACCUGUCCGAGGCCCUGAACGACAAGCACGGGCCACUGGCCGGGAGAGAUGACAUGCUGGAUGUGGAGACCGAUGCUUACAUCCACUGCGUCAGCGCCUUCGUCCGCCUGGCCCAGAGCGAGUACCAGCUGCUGACUGACAUCAUCCCUGAGCACCACCAGAAGAAAACCUUUGACUCUCUGAUCCAGGAUGCAUUAGACGGCCUGAUGCUCGAGGGGGAAAACAUCGUAUCUGCAGCCCGGAAGGCCAUCAUCCGGCACGAUUACUCCGCAGUGCUUACAGUCUUCCCCAUCCUGCGGCACCUCAAGCAGACCAAGCCUGAGUUUGACCAGGUGCUCCAGGGCACAGCCGCCAGCACCAAGAACAAGCUGCCCAGCCUCAUCACUUCCAUGGAGACCACUGGCGCCAAAGCCCUGGAGGACUUCGCAGACAAUAUCAAGAAUGACCCGGACAAGGAGUACAAUAUGCCCAAGGACGGCACCGUGCAUGAACUCACCAGUAACGCCAUUCUCUUUCUGCAACAGCUUCUGGACUUCCAGGAGACAGCAGGCGCCAUGCUAGCUUCCCAAGAGACCAGCUCUUCAGCCACCAGCUACAGCUCCGAGUUCAGCAAGCGGCUCUUGAGUGCCUACAUCUGUAAAGUUCUGGGCAACUUACAGUUAAACUUGCUGAGCAAGUCCAAGGUGUACGAAGACCCGGCUCUGAGCGCCGUCUUCCUACACAACAACUACAACUACAUCCUCAAGUCCCUGGAGAAGUCUGAGCUGAUCCAGUUGGUGGCUGUGACCCAGAAGACUGCAGAGAGAUCCUACCGAGAGCACAUUGAGCAGCAGGUACAGACCUACCAGCGCAGCUGGCUCAAGGUGACUGACUACAUCACCGAGAGGAACCUCCCUGUCUUCCAACCUGGAGUCAAGCUCCGGGACAAGGAGCGGCAGAUGAUCAAGGAGCGGUUUAAGGGCUUCAACGAUGGCCUUGAGGAACUGUGUAAAAUCCAGAAGGCCUGGGCAAUUCCAGACACAGAGCAGAGGGACAAGAUUCGCCAGGCUCAGAAAACCAUCGUCAAGGAGACUUACGGGGCCUUCCUGCACAGGUAUGGCAGUGUGCCCUUCACCAAGAACCCCGAGAAGUACAUCAAGUAUGGCGUGGACCAGGUGGGCGACAUGAUCGAGCGCCUUUUUGACACCUCUGCCUGA